CAGAGGAUUGUGGAGAGAAAAGGAUGCUCAGAAAAGUCCUUUGGAAACUGCCCUGAGCUGGAAGAAAGGAGCAGGGGAGUUGCCCUGAGCUAAGAAAGGAACCAGCAUUGAGACUUGGUUUCUUUCUGCUGAGUCUCGGGAGAGCCUGCUCACACCAGAGGGUCUCAAGGAAUUCCCAGAACUGAUGGGUGCGGUGAGUCAGGCCCUAGGCAGAUCCCAAGGACAAGAAUCACUGCAAAACUUUCAACGUUCACUUCCUAGGCAAGACUAAAGUCUGUUUUAAAAGGGUGUGUGUGGGCCAAGUUCAGAGCAGUCUGGGACAUUUCAAACUGGCACCACCUCCUCUGGCUGCUUGUGAGGCCAUCCGGAGGCCAGGGCUCGGUCAGAUGAACGGAAAAGUAAAGAGAGGACCGCAGAGUCUGAGACCUUUGCGCAGAGGGCUGGAGUGUGGAGAGGAGCGGGAGGGAGAAUCAGGAGGAGGGCGCUGGGUGCGGAGGCCCCACCUUUCAUUCCAGAGCUGUACCGGCCGGGGCGGGAUGAGUCACGACUGGCUGGCUCCGCUGUGCGCCUUCCCAUAGGUGAGGAACUCGGACCUCUCCGGGGGUAAACUGCGCCGCCUGCUCGUCCUAGCCUUGGCCUUGGUUGGGUGCUGGAGUCCUGGGUCUGCCGGGUUUGGCCUCUGGGGCCACGGCUGGCUUUCCCUGAUGUAUGGCAAGAGCCCCGCGCUUGUGCUUCCACUUCUCCUGAGUUUACAGCUCACAGCCCUUUGUCCUACAGAAGCUGUGGAAAUUUACACCUCCGGGGCCCUGGAGGCAGUCAACGGGACAGAUGUUCGGUUAAAAUGCACUUUCUCCAGCUUUGCCCCUGUGGGAGAUGCGCUAACUGUGACGUGGAAUUUCCGACCUCGAGAUGGGGGUCGUGAGCAGUUUGUAUUCUACUACCACAUGGACCCCUUCAGGCCCAUGAGCGGACGGUUCAAAGACCGGGUGGUCUGGGACGGAAACCCCGAGCGAUAUGACGUCUCCAUCUUGCUCUGGAAGCUGCAGUUUGACGACAAUGGGACAUACACCUGCCAGGUGAAGAAUCCACCUGAUGUUGAUGGUCUGGUUGGGACGAUCCGGCUCAGUGUUGUGCACACUGUGCCCUUCUCUGAGAUCUACUUCCUGGCCGUGGCCAUUGGCUCUGCGUGCGCACUGAUGAUCAUCAUAGUGAUCGUGGUAGUACUCUUCCAGCAUUUCCGGAAAAAGCGAUGGGCGGACAGGGCUGAUAAAGCCGAGGAGACAAAAUCAAAAGAAGAGGAAAAACUCAACCAAGGAAACAAGGUCUCUGUUUUUGUGGAAGAUACAGACUAACACGUCGAGAGGCUGAGGACUUUUGAGGACACCAUCAGCACCCCCUUGAAAUCAGUAGAAAUGUUUCCAGCGAUGACCUGUCUGUCGACCUACAGGUUCUGCAGCACAAACCUGCCCAGAUGAGCAACGCCCCUGCCUGGCAGCUUUGGGUUCUGCCUGAUCUACUAGACUCAGACUUACCUUCAUUGCUACGGUUCUAUCUAAUUCCAGAGCGCAAUUGUGUGUUAGCUUUUGCAAACCAAGAGGUUACAUAUUUGUCCUUCCACAUUCCUAUGGUGUGUGAUUCCCAUAUUUCUGUGCAUACUGGCAUCAGAGGGGUAAGAAGCCAACUAGUUUGUCUGCCAGAACAUACCUUCUCAUAUUUUAGUUUCUUUAGAACAGCACACAGGUGUGCUCAGGGGUCUGAUAAGAUAGCUCAUCUAUCCUCUUGCAGAAGAUCCCAGUUCAGUUCCCAGCAUCCAUUUGGUGGCUCACAACCAUCAGUAUCCAGUUUUAGGGGAGGUGACACUCUCUUCUGGUGUCUGCAGGCACUGAAUGUAAUGAUACAUGCAGACACACCCCCCCAAGAUAAAAAUAAAUUAAGUCAUAAAAAGAUGAGCUAACCAUUCCAGCUACUUUUGAUUAAUACCAAAACCCAAAGUCACAUAGGAAGUCUGAUUUUCAUGGCUAUCUUUAAAUGGAAACAUCUUGUUUUACUGAUAUUUUUCUUCAAUAUCCUAGGUUUAUUGUUUUGUCAAUUAUUCCAAGGUUUAUAGAUGACAGCGCAAAUCUAAGCACAAUAACUACAAAAGGUCACAAGAACACCAGGACACCAGCAAGUGCUACCAGAAUGAAUCGCUCAGCAUUACUUUUGUAUUUAUUUAUUUAUUUUUAGUCAGGUUCUCACUAUGUAGUGCUGGCUGCUCUAGAGCUGACAAUUUAGAGUUGGCCUGAAACCUAGAGACACCCCCCUGCCUCAGCUCUUGAGUGCUUCACUCAAGGGUGUACCCCCACAUCUAGCCCGACUGUAGGUUUGUAAUGAGCACAGGCAGCUGCUUGCUGUGUGCUCCCUUUUAACCCCAGCUCAGAAGAUUCUCUUCAUUUGCAGACUGGAGCCCUUAAGCAAUUUAUUAGAAGACUUCGUGAUACACGAUAACUUUAAAAAAAAAAAA